AUGUCAACACUUAGUAAAAAACAAAUUCAGUUAGAAGCUGAAAUUGAAAAAUCUAGAUUCGAAAAAGAUUGGGUUAAUUUAUCAAAUUUAAUUAAAAAAUAUAAUAAAUUAAAUAUAGAUCAUCAUGAACCAUUGGAAUUAUUAAUUAAAGUUGAAAAAUCAUUGUCAGAAUCAAAUUAUAAUGAAGCAUUGGAAACUUUAAAUAAGGCAUAUGCCACAUCACCAGAUAGUCAAGAGGUUUUAGCAUAUUUAGGUAUUGUCGAAUAUGAAAAGAAUGAUAUAGCCAAAGCAUUGGGUUUUUUAAAUAAAGUUUCAGUUAAUCAAUUUAUUAGUGUUAGCAAUCAAAGAAGAAUUGGUUUAUUAAUCCAAGCAUUUACAAUUAAAGGAAAAUGUUAUGAGAAUCAAGGUAAUUCUGUUGAAGCAUUAUCAGCCUAUCAAGCAGUCAUUGACGUUACCUUUAAAUAUUACAAAAAUUUCAAAUUAAUUGAUAAACAAACUAAACUUUAUUUUGAGGAAUCAUUAAUUAGAGUUGCCAUCAUUCAAAAAUACUUUGGUAAUAUUCAAAUAAGUAUUAAACAUUUAAGAAACUGUUUAUCAUCACAAAUUGGACUUAGCAAAAAUACAUUUAGAAUUUCUUUAACAACUUUAGCCCACUUACUAUUAAGAAAUGUAUCAUCAUCAUCAUAUAUUCCAGCAUUAGACUCAUCAAGUGACUCUACAACCACAUAUUCAGGUAUCCACCCAUCCAAACAAUUCUAUAUACCAAACGAUGAGGUUGAGGAAGGUACUUUAGCACUACUUUACGCAGAGGCAUUAAUUUCACAACAACAACAGCAACAACAACAACAACAGCAACAGUUACAAUAUCAACAGCAACAACAACAACUUUCGACACCUUCAUCGAAUACACCAUCAAAUACCAAUGCCACACAAUCAAAUCCAACAUCACCAAAUAUAAUCCCAACCAUUAGUAGUGUAUUACAUCACCAUCACCAUGCCAAUGGUAAAUCAAAUGACAUGGUAUUGUCAGCAAGCGGUGUUAAUCAUCAUAUGAAUAGCCACCAAAUCCACAAUCAAUUUAUUGAAUCUGAAGACCCAUGUUUAAUAUAUGACGACAUUUGUUUAGGCUACUCAAGAAGAGAGCAAUACUAUCCUAUUGUUGAAACUUUUGAAAAAUCUUUAGUUUUGGAUUUCAACGACCCACAUAAAUGGAUUCAAUUAGCCCUCUCACUUUACUCUGCAGGAAAAUAUAAAAGAUCAUUAUUCAUUAUAGAAGAAUGUUUAUCAAAAACUCCAAAAAAUAUUACUUUAUUAUUAUUGGCCUCAAAAAUUUGUAUUAAUCAUUUAAAUCAAAUUACCAAAGCAGUAUUAUUUGCAAAACAAGCACUUUCAAAUAUUGAUUUAGACGAUACAGCCUCUUUAAGUAAGGCCUAUUUAUUAAUGGGUAUUGCAUAUGGUAAAAAAGCAAUUGAAUGCAAAUCAUCACACGAAAAGAUUCAAAAUCAAGAAUUAGCAUUAUCAUCAUUAAAAAAUGCCUAUGAAAUUGAUCCAUAUGAUUAUAGAAAUAGCUAUCAUUUAUCAUUAAUUUAUGCGGAUUUUAGAGAUACACCAAUGGCAUUAAAAUAUAUUCAUGAAUCAUUAAAAUUAAAUCCACACGAUUCAUCAUGUUGGAGCUUAUUAACAUUAUUAUUAUCAUCAAAUAAAAAUUACGAAUUAGCCUAUAGAACAUGUAAUCAUGCAUUAACUCAAUCACCAACCAAUAUCGAAUUACUUUUAAUUAAAGCAAAACUAGAAUUAGCAUUAGACGAUGGAUCACAAGCAUUAAUAACCUAUAAAUCUGUAUUUCAAUAUUUAGUUUCAAAAGCUUUAACCUCAAACGAAGAUUUCGAUGAUUCUGUUAGUUUACCAAGAAAUAGAAAUCAAUCAGGACCCUCCAGUGUAGUUUCUUUCGAUUUAAGAUCAGGCACAACAGCAGGUGACAGUAGAUCACAUAGAUCAAAUACUAUAAGUGCUGUCGAUAUGGAUUCAGCAAUGAGAGAUUUCGAAGAUUCACCAACCUCACCAAAAGAUAUAUUAAGAACUACAACCAACUCAACAAACAAUAUUUCGAGUAAAGAAGUUCAUCGUAACAUUUCAUUAUGGUUAUCACUAGCUGAAGCAUUUACACAACAAAGAAUGUUCAAAGAUGCAGCCCAAUGUUUGGCACAAGCAGAGUCUAUUGACAGUGAUAGUGCUGACGUUUACUAUCAUCAAGGUUAUUUAAUGGAAACUCAAGACUUAACAACAAAAGCAAUCUCACUAUAUCAAAAAGCUCUUACUAUUGACUCUUCCCACACAAACUCUUUAAUCCGUUUAGCACUCCAUUAUUUCAGAGAAAACGAUUUAUUAUUAGCCGAAAAUAAUCUCACUGCUAUCCUCCGUUCAAAUGAUCCAGCAUCCCAUUUAGCAUGGUUCCAAUUAGGUCUUGUAUUAAAAUCUAAAGGUGAAAUCGAAAGAUCAUCAGAUUGCUUCAAAAAAGCAAUAGAACUUGACUCUACCUCACCAUUAAUACCAUACUAUCAAAUUUCAAGAAUUGCAAAUUAG